AUGCCUGCUUACACUCCUCGCCCCUCUGUCCAGGCAGUAGACUCUUGCCCUGCGGACGAUCUCACCGAGUUGGCGAAGCAUCCCCGCGCCGUGCACUACGAGCAGCAAGCCAAGCGCGACGACGGCACAUCCUUCGGCUUCUCCCCGGCGGACGAGAGCCGCAUUAUUCGUCGAGUUGACUGGCGACUUAUUCCUAUCGUUGCGUUGAUGUAUUGUGUGUCAAUCAUCGACCGUACCAAUGUCGCGGCUGCUAGCAUCGCUGGAAUGAUGGAAGAGCUGGAGCUGGUUGGGAACCGAUAUUCCAUCAUCACCCUUGUUUUCUUCACGACAUACAUCGUUUUUCAGCCACCAUCAACCAUCAUCGUCCGCAAGAUUGGCCCGCGUAUUCACCUCGCCGGAAUCACCGGCCUCUGGGGCAUCGUCAUGAUUGGGAUGGGCUUGGUCAGAAAAUGGGAGCAGCUGGCCGCCCUUCGGGUCAUCCUGGGCUUGCUUGAAGCUGGUUUCUUCCCAAGCUGUGUAUAUUUGAUGAGCACCUGGUAUACCCGGUAUGAGAUGGGGCGACGAUAUGCCCUCUUCUACGCUUUUGGCGCAGUUGCUGGAGCUUUUGCCGGAGUCAUGGCAUACGGGCUGGUCCACAUGCAUGGCAUCGCCAACUACGGCGGAUGGCGGUGGCUAUUCCUCAUCGAAGGAGCCAUCACUGUCCUGGUUGCUCUCUGCGGCUACUGGUUGCUAAUCGACUUUCCAGACUCGAAAAGAAAGACCUGGAGGUUUCUCACUGACAACGAGAGGGCGUGGGUUAUCAACCGCGUCAACACUGACCGCGGUGAUGUGGAGCCGACCAGGUUCUCGGUCAAGAAGUUUGUCAGCCUUGGCUUAGACUUUAAGGUGUGGAUGUUUGGACUUCUCUUCUUCUGCACAUCCACACAGGGCUACGCCAUGGCCUUCUUCACGCCUAUUAUCCUGACCAUGGGCAUGGGCUUCGAUCGGACUGCUACUCAACUAAUCACCAUUGCGCCGCCCACGUUUGGGGCUAUUGUCACGUUCGCUCUUGGGUGGGUCGGCGAUAGGUACAGGAUCCGUGGUCCGAUCGUCGCUUUCAACAAUGUGGUUGCAGUUAUCGGUCUCUCCCUCAUCGGAUUUCAUACUGUCGUCGGCGUUCGCUUCCUUGGGUUAUUCCUGGCUACAGCUGGGGUCAAUGCCAACCUUCCCGCCGUUAUGGCCUACCAGGCCAACAACAUCCGCGGCCAGUGGAAACGCGCGUCAUCCAGUGCAGUUCUUGUGGGAAUGGGAGGUGUUGGAGGCAUCUCUGGCAGCCUGGUCUUCCGGACUAAGGAUGCUCCUCACUUCCAACCGGGGCUCUGGGCCUGCAUCGCCUGUUCACUGGCGAGCUUAGUUAUGAUUGGCCUAUUGAGUGUGUAUUUCUGGGUCAAGAACCGACAGGCCGAUCGGACUGGCAUUAUUCUUGAAAAUGAGGAGGACGCCGAGGUGUCGGGCGAGUCGAGGGCGGGCUUUAGGUACACCUACUAG